AUGGAAAGGAUCAAGCAGCUCAUCAAGGACGUCGUCAAUGACAGCCUCGCGGUGCGCCGUAUCGACGACCCGGUGAGCGAAAACGACCACAAGAUCCACGAUGAUGCGCAUGUGUCGACGUGGAAGACGAUGAGCCGUUACUGGGAGAACUGUUCACCCUUUGCGCUCAACCUCUGUGGCGCGGUGAUGCGGCAGGGCGUUUUUGUGGACAAGCUGGUGCACCUGGACUGGCUUCACAGUCCCGAGAUGCAGUCAAUAACGAAGGCGCUAAUUGAAAAGUACAGGCGCUUCCUGGCCAUCAUGGAAAGAAACCCAGGCAUAAUGGUGGUGCCGACGCUCGACGUCGACCUCGCCUGGCACACACACACCAGCUGCGGCCGCAGUCCCAGUGCACCUGCUGGGUACUGUGAGGGUCGGUCGUUAAGGCCCAAAUGCACAGACUUCCUCGGGUCGUUCCGCGGGUCCGGUGCCGCGAAGCUAUGCCCUGGGGACAGCUCGGCGCACAUUUCGGCGCACAGCGCCGUGCGCCUCACCAACAUCAUCUUCAAGACCACGAACGCGGCGCGGCGCAUCCGACACCUGCAGAAGCGCGAAGAGGAGUUCCAAAAGGCGCGGAAGCGCGGGGCCAAGGAGGGCCACCAGCUGCCGUCCAAAGACGAGUACUGUUCCAGCUGGGGUUACCAGUACCAUGUGCAUGGGCCGUGGAUGCCUCCUAAUCGGUACACGGAUGGCAUGUACUGUAGUGGCGAUCCAUGCAGCGUCGCUGCCGGCGCGAACUGUGUGACCAACACGUGCGGUUCCGGCGUCGCGGCCGGGGCUUGCGGAUUAGGCGGAGGAGGCUGCGUCGGUGGAGGCGGAGAUGCUGCCGGCGGCGGCGGAGGAGGUUAUGCCGGCGGCGGCGGAGGAGGUUGUGCCGGCGGCGGAGAUUAG